GUACACUGUCCUUGAUGUUUACGGAGCUAUCAACAAAUUAACACGUUAAUUGGUGGCAUGGAUCGUCAACAAACGGAACCAAUCCCAGUGAAGAAAGUUACUGUUAAGGACUUAUCGCAAAUACCAUCUAACCACGGUACAACUCCAGGUGGAACUUUGUUCAGUACUACUCCGGGUGGAACUCGUAUAAUAUAUGAACGCGAUUUUAUUCUCAACUGUCGCAACUCACCAGUUGCUCGAACCCCACCAUCUGACAUGAUAUACUUACCAGAAAUAACUCCUUCCAGCUUAAAUAAUGACAAGACAGUCCAUCCGUGUAAUGGUCACAAGGUGAAAGAUUCUCUAAAUGUGCCUGAAUCAACAUCAAAUGAUCAUAACAGACUCAGCAAAGGCGAAGAAGCACCAUUUGAAAUGGAUAUUUGAGGAAAUAAACUUUAAUAAACUAUAUAGAUGUCGCUUAUAAACAUUUGUAAUUCAGAUAUUCUCUAUUCUUCCGUUUACGAGCCAUUAUUAUUAUUAUUAUUAAUUUACUUUUGUUUUCAAUGAACCUGAAAACAAGCAAAUAAAUACAUAUCUCUUUUGCGUUUUG